UUUUUGACUGAGUGAUGGUGACCUGAGCUCAGGAGGGCUGCCUUUUAGGGAGGCAGUGGAACAAGGAAGAGAGAACCAAAUUUAAUGUGUAUGCGAUUGCACCAGUGAGUUGAUUAUUAAUGAUUUGUGUAUCCAAGCCCUGGUUAGCAUUUAUAAAGAAAAGCAAAGAACUCUGCACUUCAUUUUGGAAAGAGGCACCAGACUCCAAUGCCAGCAUGACAGACGCCAGUCUUACAGGGUCGGCAAGAAGCUGGACGUCCACUCCCUCUCCGUCAACUGAUGACAGCAUGGCCAUCAACAAUGCGGCUGAUAUUUCAGUGAUUGUGGUCUACUUCAUCCUGGUUUUGGCCAUUGGCAUAUGGGCAAUGAUACGCAGCAACCGAGGCACUGUGGGAGGAUUUUUUCUGGCAGGGCGCAGCAUGGUUUGGUGGCCAAUCGGUGCCUCUCUGUUUGCCAGUAAUAUUGGCAGCGGUCACUUUGUCGGCUUGGCUGGGACAGGAGCAGCGGCUGGGAUUGCAAUUGGAGGCUUUGAAUGGAACGCAUUGGUGAUGGUUCUUCUGCUUGGAUGGCUGUUCGUGCCGAUCUACAUUAAAGCUGGGGUGGUGACCAUGCCUGAAUAUUUAAAGAAGCGAUUUGGGGGCCAGCGUAUCCGCAUCUACCUGUCUAUCCUCUCCCUACUCCUGUACGUCUUCACCAAGAUCUCGGCGGACAUGUUCUCUGGUGCUAUCUUCAUCCAGCAGGCUUUGGGUCUGGAUAUUUACCUGGCUGUCUUCAUCUUGCUGUUGAUUACUGCAUUAUACACUGUAACAGGGGGUCUGGCCGCUGUCAUUUAUACCGACACUCUGCAGUCCUUCAUUAUGGUUGUUGGUGCCUUUAUUCUAAUGGGCUUUGCCUUCCAUGAAGUUGGAGGUUAUAAUGCUUUCAUUGAGAAAUACAUGGAGGCCAUUCCCAGGAUCACCACUGAAGCCGGCUACAACAUCAGUGCCUCCUGCUAUACUCCUCGACCGGACUCCUUUCACAUUUUCAGAAACGCUGUCACUGGAGACCUCCCAUGGCCAGGGCUUGUAUUUGGAUUGUCCAUCUUGGGCAUAUGGUACUGGUGCACUGAUCAGGUAAUUGUUCAGCGUUGUCUCUCUGCCAAAAACAUGUCUCAUGUGAAAGCUGGCUGCAUUCUGUGUGGCUAUCUCAAAUUGCUGCCCAUGUUUCUGAUGGUGUUCCCAGGGAUGAUCAGCAGGAUUUUGUACACAGAUGUGGUCGCUUGUGCAACCCCAGCUCAGUGUGAGGCCAGCUGUAAAGUGAGUGUAGGUUGCAGUAACAUCGCUUAUCCCAGGCUGGUGGUCAAAUUGAUGCCAAAUGGCUUGCGAGGUCUAAUGCUGUCUGUGAUGUUGGCAUCUCUCAUGAGCUCCCUGACUUCCAUCUUUAACAGUGCCAGUACUUUGUUUACCAUGGACAUUUAUGCCAGAAUCCGAAAGCGUGCAACAGAAAAGGAGCUUAUGUUGGCUGGAAGGGUUUUUAUCCUCUUCCUCAUUGGUAUCAGCAUUGCCUGGAUCCCGAUUGUCCAGGCAGCUCAGGGAGGGCAGCUAUUUGACUACAUUCAGUCCAUCACCAGCUACCUGGGCCCUCCAAUUGCUUCUGUCUUCAUAUUGGCAAUCUUCUGCAAACGUGUCAAUGAGCAGGGUGCCUUUUAUGGCCUGGUCAUUGGCCUGUUGAUUGGGCUGUCACGAAUGAUAGCUGAAUUUGCCUUUGGCACAGGCAGCUGUGUGAAGCCCAGCCAGUGCCCUUACAUCAUCUGUGGUAUUCACUAUCUCUACUUUGCCCUCAUUCUCUUUGGAAUCACCUGCAUCAUUGUGGUCUCUGUCUCUUUGAUGACCAAGCCUAUUGAUGACAAGCAUCUGUACCGCCUUUGCUGGAGUUUGCGCAACAGUGUAGAGGAGCGAGUGGACUUGGAGUCUGACAACCUUGAGGUUCAGGAGCAACCAAACGAGGACCAAGGUCCAGUGGAGCCCCCUGGCUGCCUCAAAAAAUUUUACAAUUGGUUUUGUGGAUUCAGCCAAGAUCCAACGCCCACACUCAGCCCAGAAGAAAAGAAGGCAAUGGAAAAGAAGCUGACUGAUACCAGUGAGGCGCCACUCUGGAGAAACGUAGUCAAUGUGAACGGUAUCAUCUUGCUGACAGUGGCUGUGUUUUUCCACGGCUUCUAUGGCUGAAUGCUCUAUUGUAUGUAGAAAGCUGUGUUCAUUCUUGGUUGUCUUGACUGACACCCAAUAGAUUUUAUAAACUUUUUAGCUAAAAGAUCUUCACAUUCAUUCCUUGCAACAAGGAAUAUAUUAUUUACAUGACUUGAAUGAAUUCUUUGAAAAUUAAACAAACAAAUUUUUGAAAAUCAGCGUAAAGUAAUUUGGCAAAGACGUAAAUGAAUUUGAACAUGGAAAGAGGAGAAUAAACAAUGAGAAAAAUGAUUGAAACUUUAGAGCAGGGGGACUGAUAGAUAGUCAUGUUAAUACUAGCAGAGGUGUGUAAGCCUGGCCCAUAUAAACUACAGCACAUUAUAAAAGUCAGAAAAUGUCAAAACACUUCUCAUGUUGCCUAGAUGCAGCUUAUCUUCAGUUCCACAUCACUGAGGAUCAUCAGCUGUGAUUCAAAUCGAACAACUCCUCCAUUCGGUGUGCUUUUGAGUGUCUCAUCAUCAAAUUCUCAGUAAAAGCUCAUAAGGAGGCUUUUAGGAGUUUGUAUUUACCUUUCAUUUGUUUUAAAAGAACGGAACCUGCUUUGAGUCAACUUCACUUUGUGCCACACUUUGGCUGUCAACCAAGUAAGAUGGCUUCCCUUAAACUAUACCUAAUUAUGGAUGGACUGCAAAAACCUUUUCAUCUUCAUGUGUCACCUCCCUUCUAUGUGAUGCAUUUCUAAACCUUCUACCUUUCCACUAAAUCUGUCUGCAGGGAGCCACACAUUGUUCAUGAACGCCUCUUCUGUGUUAUUUGUAAUUAAAUUUGGUAUAAUAAAGUGGGCAGUAGAGCGAUGUUGUGGUUAACACUGCCACCUCACAAAUCCAGGGUUCACUCUGUCCCUGCAUUCCAAAUCUCAUAUUAAAGAUUCGCUCUUGAUAACUCAAUCAGUGUGGCCUUCUGGCAGUGGUGCUGGACUAAAAGACACAGGAUUACUGUUUAAUUUUGCCUUUUUUUCCCCCGAUAUUUCUGUGACAACAGAAACAAGCCUUGAUCCAGCUUGCAUGAAGACUGACAUGGUGACUUGGUGUCUUUAAAACAGCUGUUGCUGGGCAGGGUUUGAUCAUGGUGACAUCCUUACAGUUGUCAAGAGAGUUUAAUAUGCUCUGAGAGAAACUGUAAUCAGUCCAGCAUGUCGAGGUAUAUCAGGGAUGAUGCUCGCAAUGGUUUUUGCAGAAGGGUUCUCCAUGCCAUCAGGAAAGAUCUGGGAGGCACAAGGGAACAACACCACGGAAAGACCAGCGGAUUGUGUAGCAGAUUCUUUCCUCCAUUCCUUUUACCGCCAACAGAUGUUGAGCACCUUCUGUGGAUCAGCAAGUGUAAGGCAUCCAGACCACUCAUUUGUGGUGAAAUUUGAUUCCUGAAAUCCACUGACAUCCAGAUCUGAAGUCCCCUCAGUUUUAAGCCCGCUGAACUGAAGUUGGCUAGCAUCUUCAAAGAUGAUUCCAGCUUCUUCCUGGAGAAUUCAUUGUUAAUGGUGUAGUCUACCAAAGAAUCUCGAACAGCAUUCUUGCCGUUUAGAGAAAACAUUGAAAACAAAUCAGUAAUAUGACAGAAGCACAUGUGAUCACCUAACAUAAAAAUAUACUAUAAAAUUUUAUCAGUGGGAACAAUACAGACCUGUCCAUUUUAAGUCUGUUAUUUUUGUGUGUUGUUUUUAAGAUAAAAUGUAGCUGUAAUGUUUUAUACCUAUUUCAUUUGUGAACCAAUCAUUGCAAAAUUUGUAUUCAGUUGUGAUCUGAUUAUUUCUUCCUAAUAGGCUGCUGUCGCCUUUCAGCAUUAAUCUUAAAUGAAACUGAUUGCUUGGAUUUUUUUUUUUAAUCCUAAACCUCCUUUUACCACAAAUCGGAUGAUUCUGUGAAAGAUUUGAUGUGUAGCCUUUCACCACGGAGAAUGUCUUUUCAGUUUCACUGUAUUAUUUAUGGUUUAACAAAAAGUCAGUAAUUAUUUCAGUAGGAUAAGUUGGGGUCAACAAUCGGACCAAUAUUCAUAAUUGGGCAUAAACUGUAAUUGUCAUGAGUGGUUUA